GUAUGUCAUGUGACGAAAGGAUGUCAGCAUCACUGUCCACUGCUCUAUGAAACGUCUUGUUUUCAUGUUUGACAAAAAUAACAUGUUUUAAUACUGACCACUUGAAGUAAAACUUUAUGUUAGCUAUCCACGUUUUGGCUGCCACUGCACAGGAUGGCUGUAUCUCACAGUGGCCAGUCGUCCCUGGUACAGAGUUUGGCCCAGCUCCUCCGAAAUGAUGGUGACUUGGUGCUGGAUGGCAGCAGCACACUGACCUUGCCGGCGGCCAACUUGCAGCAGCUCACCAGGCUGUUUGAACAGUACUUGCUGUCCAGGAGCCAGCAGCAUGGGUUCCUUGCGCUGCCCUCCCACCCUGCUGACACUGCUUCCCUGCUGCAGCUGCAGUUCCUGUUUGAUGUCCUGCAGAAGACCAUCUCCCUCAAGCUCAUCAACCCACCAGGGGUGAGACUUCAGUCUGUGGUGAAAAUCUUUCCAUUCAAGUCUUUGAAAUGUUUGGAGCUGAAGCGAGUUCCUCCCCACUGUCUAGAGGGACUUAGAGGAAUUUAUUCCCAGUUGGAAGUCUUUACCUGUUCAAAGAGCCUCAGCUCCCUGGAGGAGCUACUCUCCCUGUGUGGAGGUGACAUGAGCUCUGCACUGCCUUGGCUGGAACUGCACACCCUCAACUUUAGCUACAACUCCAUUGUCUGCCUUGACCAGUCACUAGGUUUACUGAACGUCCUCAAGUCUUUAGAUUUAAGCCAUAACAAGAUUCAGGAGUGUGCGGAAUUUCUAAAGCCCUUGAGUGAACUGGAACACUUGAACCUGGGCUACAAUUGCCUGCAGAGGGCGCCAACGCUGGGCCUGAGUGCCAGGGCCAAGCUUCUCACUCUCAACCUCAGGAAUAAUGAACUGGAGACUAUAAAUGGUGUUGAGCAGCUGUCUUCACUCCAGCACUUAGACCUGGCCUACAACCUCCUGUUGGAGCACUCACAGCUGGCUCCCCUCUCCCUGCUGCAUUGCCUCAACACACUGAACCUGGAAGGCAACCCGCUGUACUUCCAGAAGACCCACCGCAACUGCACCGUCCGACAUCUCUCCCCAAAGGCUGCAAAACUUAGACUCAAACUUAAUGGUACCCCUCUGUCUUCAUCUGAGUUAUCAGUUCUGCCAAAAGCAGGCCAGCUGAUCGUUCAGGUCCAGACUGCACCUCCAGUUGCCAAGCAACCAGAACGCAGUAACCAGGAAGUGUCCAGUGGUGCUGGGGAGCUCAGUGACAGCAUGUCAGUUGGAGAAGUAGGCGUCUCACACAUGCAGAGGAAGAAGAACAGGAGUAAGGUGAAAGUGCGGAGGGCCAGCAUAUCUGAACCCAGUGAUACAGAUUAUGAGCCCAGACAGCUUUCCUCCACACAAGGUAUUGUUCUUCUCCACCAGCAGGAGAUUGAGCGCAUGUCCACCUUCAGAGAUCAGCUGGGUGAGGACUGGCUGAGGUACCAACAUCACCUAGAUGGAGCCUCCCCUUCUACCAUCGCCACUGCUGUCAACAUCAACCAGCCAACUCCUCACCGUCAUUCCCUCUCCAACGGCCUCGACACCACGACCCGGCCCAGCCCUGGGCAUCAGCCUUCUCCACUGUCCCUGGAAGUCCAAGAGGUCCUCCCCCUGCCUCUGCUUUCAUCUGAGCCCAGGCUGGAGACGUCGGACGCAGAUGCAGACCAGGAAACAGAGUCUACCCUACAGUGGCACGGUCAUAGCUCUCGGCAGACAGAGUCCACCAUGGAUGACAGCAUGGUGGACGGCCCGGUGGUGAGCCAGGGAGUGGUGAGCUCACCUGGGCCGAGUCCAGAGUCCCAAAUGUCUGCUAAAGGGGAGAGUGUAGAUACCAAGGAGGAAGAAGAAGAGGAGGAGGAUCUGGGAGUGGAUCUGUGUCACCCACUACUUGUGGGCGUCUUAUCUGACAAAGAGGAAGAAUAUGGCGAUGGCCAGUGGGAGAGGAGGAGGAGGAGGGGGGAGGUGUUCCUGCGCAUCAAACAGGGCCUGGUGCUGGAGGUGGACAUGCAGCGCGGCCAGGAGAGAUGCCGCCUGGAGCUAGGCAGCCUGGCUCGGGUGGAGACCACAGAGGCUUGCUGGACCCGAGGGGAGUCAGAAGAGAUGCUUCCAGCUGUGGAGCUUCACUUUGACUACAUCAGCAGGGAGAAAAGGAGGAGACGCUAUGUCCUGCUUGAUGACAACCCACUGGAGGCACUGCAGGCUCUGACUGACAUGCUGUCACAUGUGGUGGAGGAAAACCAGCGGCGUGACUCUGAGCUCCGCCCAAGCUGUGUUCACCUGCAGUGCCUUCGCUGUAGGUCGGAGUUCACACAUCAAGGAGAGGACAGUGCGGAGGAGGCGGGUGGGAGAGCGAGGAGGAGAGAGGCUGCGAUGCGACCAGAAGGUGUGGAAGAAAAGAACGAGGAGGAGCUGACUGAGGCAGAGUGCGAUGACAACAGCAAAGGAAACUGUAAUAUCUGUCCAGAAUGUGGUAGCGAUCAUGUGGUGCAGCUGGCCAGUCAGUCAACACCUUACAGCAGCACGCCCAUCCAUUGCUCAUCAAAGCAGCAGGAUGAAUACACAGAUGCCAGCAGUAGUCCUAUCCUUGAAGCUGCCACCACUGCUGAAGAGACCACUUUCGUCACUGUCCAGGGAUGCUCCUUCUUCAUCGGAGAUGGUCAGGGUGAUACGUCCAGCCUUUCCUACAACACAGAGUGCCAAAGUAAAGAGGAUCUGGCUGGGAGCUACCACUACAGCACUCCAGGCGCUACACCACCUGAAGUCCAAGCCCAACCUGCAGGAAGAUCCACCCCGAAUGAUGAUUUGGACCUACUGUCUGAGGACUACGACGCAGUGGACCAUCGGCUACAGCUUUUCCUGGAUGUCGAGAUCUUUGAGGAGGAGGAGGAGGAGCUUCACUCUUUCCUCAAGAUGUCAGCUGUCAAAUUUGGGGAGCCAGGAGAGGUCCCCUCUCUGUUGGUGGUGUCAAACCAGCGAAUCUAUUUCUUGGAAAUGACAUCAGAAACCCACAGAAGCCAGCUCUCUGAUUGGCUGCAGAAGAGGGACAGCCACCCAAUCAUGGAGCUCAGCUACCUAGAGGUGGGGCUAGGUUCUCAGAGCAUCCAUGUGGAGUUUGGAGAUGGGGGCGUGGCCUACACCCUCCUGGUGAGGGACAGUUCACGCUGCAAACGCUUCUUUGGCCUCUUGACAGGAAUUGUGCGUGAGAUGGCCCACAAAUCAGACAGCAAGCUCAAGUCCAUCUCUACCACAAGACUCACUCCUCAGCACCAUCUCUGGCCUCUAGUGUGUGAAGACAUCCAGGCAGAUGUGGAGGAUGGCCAGCUGCAGUUUUUCUACAUUCUGGCUUUUGUCCUGCAAGAGGAUAUUUGGACACCUUUGACAGUCCUGACAACCCGGGAAACCCUGUACCUGCUUAAAGAGGAUCACCAGUGGAGGAAAAGCUCGAGUGCCCUGACUGCGAAUGAAAACAAAGAACUGAGCAGUGGGAGCGUCACCAUUUUAGAAAUGUUGCCAAUCAGCUGCGUGAGCUCAGUCCACCUGUGGCCCUCAGAUCAAUGCAGGAUGGAUAUUAACCUUUACGAUGAGACUGUGAAACAGGAGAAGACGUGGUGUGUGCGCUCAGAGAGCACCGAGCUCCUCCAGGGUCUGCUGGCCUGGGUCAGAGCACAGUGGGAGGCCAUGUUCGGAGUAAAACUGCACACAACCUCGCAAGACAAAGCAGCAUAAUGGGGGGGCGGCUGGAAAAAAGCUUCAGACUAUGUGUGUGCGCUCCUGUGACCAUUAAUCUGCGUGUUGGUACUGGGAAAUGUUUAGUGAGCUUGAGCGAGUUUGUCUUUAUUUUCGCUCUGCACAGCCUGCACUCAGUCUGGUCCCAUUAUGCUUGUUGCUUUCAUCGUCUCUUAGGCCAAGAACUUUUUUCUUUCUUUCUUUUAUUUAUUUUUUUUUUUUUUUACAAAUGGUUGCAUUCAUUCAUGUGGUACACAAGCCUGUUUGCAUCAUUUUCCCCUCCAGAUACCAUCCCACUGAAGUUUUCUACAGCUGAAAUGGAGUGUGCCUUGUUUCUUUUCCAGCUGCCAUGUUUUCCUGUCGAAAUGCACCUUAAUGCAUCUAGUAGUGCUCUUCAGUCACUGUAGCAUUAAGCAGAUUUGAGAGCUAAGCCUUAAAUUGGGGAGAAGAAGACAUUUGUUAGAGGGGUAAUGCAAGGAUAUGAGCUUAAAAUACCCUACCGCCCCCAGUCCCCCUUGUUGAGAUGAACAGGUAUAUUCUCACCUCCUAAGGGUGCAGUGAGUUGUGACAACACGCGCUCAACACGAGGCUGGAGGUGAUUCGAAAAAGCCAAGGCUCAAGACACCGCCAUCAAGGGUCACCUCACCCCCCCCCCCCGAAUAAGAGUCUUGUGAUGUAUCUGUCUUUUUGAGAUGUUCGCAGAAUUUCUGCAUAUUUGCACUCCUGGCAUCCUGUUCACAUAACAUGGUUCACACGGUAGAAGUUGUUUUCUUUAAAACUUGGGAACAGAUGUUUAUUUUGUUCAUUUGUAAUCUGGGUGUAUUUUUGUUUAUUUUCCAUUUUAUUUUCAACUGUACAGAGAAAACCACUGUCAGAGUAUCCCAACUAAAUCCGUAUGUUUAUUUAGUUUAUAUAUGCAGCAAAGAUCAAAAUCAUUUCAGCACUUAAUUUAUUUCUUGUUAGCCUUUUUUCAUUAUGGGUUCAUACAUAGAAGUAUUUUAUUUUUCUAUAAACAUCUGAUGUAUAAUGUGGAUAAAUGAAUAUAAAAGUAA